UUGUUUAAAAUGUCGGCGUUCAUGGAGGAAACAAAGUGCCUGUUGCCCCGCAUCGCCUUCAUCGCAUGCGGCUGCUUUAGUCCGCCCACGCCGAUGCACCUUCGAUUGUUUGAGAUAGCCAGGGAUCACUUUGAGAUGCAGGGGACGCACAAGGUGGUGGGCGGCAUUAUCUCGCCCACCCAUGACUCAUAUGCUAAGAAGGGGCUGGCCUCAUCGCUGGACCGCUGCGCUAUGGUGAAAUUGGCCGUUCAGAGCUCCAGCUGGGUACGCCUAUCCGACUGGGAGGUGCACCAGAGCCAGUGGAUGCGCACACAGUCCGUUCUGCAGUACCACCAGAACUUCAUGAACAACUACGUCAACUGUUCCUCUGGUGCUGGAGAUGCAGAGCCAAACGGCGGUUCCCUGCCCGGAUGGCUUCCCAUUUCGCUGCGAGAGCGCACUGAUCCCGUGCACCUAAAGCUGCUGUGCGGCGCCGACUUGCUGGAGUCCUUUGCCGUGCCAGGUCUCUGGGCAGAUUCCGAUAUUGAGGAUAUUGUGGCCAACCAUGGUCUGGUGGUUAUUACUCGCUGCGGUUCCGAUCCCCAUAAGUUUAUAUUUGAAUCUGACGUCUUAACCAAAUAUCAGCGGAACAUCACGCUGAUUACGAACUGGGUGCCCAAUGAGGUGAGCUCCACGCUGGUGCGACGUCUUCUGAGUCGCGGGCAGUCGGUGAAAUAUCUGAUAGACGACUUGGUGCUGGAGUACAUCAAGCGCCAGCGAUUGUUCAACGUUAAAUCCAGGCAGGAUGCACCAGCACCGCCCGAGGGCGACUCAUGACGCGUACUGCAGCAACAGCAAACGCAGAAGCCGCAGCCGAGGCCGCUCUACCAUCGUCACAAUCGGCACCUACCCCACCAGCACCACACGCAAAUAUCUCAAGCCCUUGCAAUGCAGUGGCGUCUCUUCAUGGAGUGUGAGUGAGCCCAAGCAGAAAAAACAUAAAGAAAAGUUCAAGUUCCUAUUAGCGAUUGUUUUGCAGUCUGGCUUUUGCAUGUAUAUAUAUACAUAUAUAUUUAGUACACUAUAUCUAUCUUAUUUAAUGUGGCUCCUGCCCCCUGUUCUUGCCACGAGCCUAACACCUACACCUGACCCUAUGUUAAUACCCGCAAUAUACAUACAUAUAUAUGGUGCUAUAAUUCUUGAGAUCCUUGGUGGUCAGUGUACGUAUCAAUUACUUACACCAAUAUUGCCGCUGGGCACUUCAAAUGUAUUCCCAUUAAACAAUAACCAAACCUUUGUUGCUGUUGUACUGACACGCCUGCCUAACCUCGUGGACUGUGU